UUAUGACAUUUAUGCACACUUGAACCACGCUGUGCACGAACGCAGCUGUUCUAUUAUUCCAUAAAUAAGGCAAAAAUAGUGAUUAUUUCUUAUUGGCUCAGUCCAUCUUAACAUACCAAAAAAAAGUUUUAUUAUUUGUUAAAUAAGUUUUAGAUUUCAAUUAAUAUGCGUUUAGUUCAAUGCCUAAGAUCAAAGCUCAAGGAUUUCUCUAACUUUCCUAAAGAAUAUGUGGAAAGAAGCAAGAGACAAGUUUACUUUGAAACCCCUCGUGCACGUAAUUACUUACCACGUACAGUAGAACGUAAAAAAUUCCGAUAUACCACAAAUCGUCCCUGGACUGCUCAAUUCCGUCAACAAAAUAUGCCGGGCACGAUCCGCAAAAAGGUUUUCGUGACUCCAACUGAGGAAUGGGGCUAUUUUCGAGGAGAUCGAGUUGAAGUGUUAGUUGGUAAAGAUAAAGGCAAACAAGGCUUCAUAACCCAAGUAAUAAACGAACGUAAUUGGGUUAUUUGCGAAGGAUUAAAUUGGCAUUAUCGUACUGUAGCAGCAGAGAAAGGUUUUCCAGGCAUUCUAAUCAAGUCUGAAGCUCCCCUAGAUGUCACCAAAGAUAUACGUUUGAUCGAUCCAUCCGAUCUGCAAGGUUGUGAAUGGGAAUGGAGGUACACGGAGGAAGGCGAAAUGGUUCGAGUCUCCACACGCACCGGGCGUUUAAUCCCGAUACCAGAGUCUAAUAAUCAAACUCAUGAUUAUCGCGCCAAAGCGGCUUACAUUGAGAGAGCAAAGGAUACUACAGCGUCCGUGGUAGAAGAAAUAACAUUUGAACCAAAGCUAUGUACAUUCGAAAUGGAUAUUAUGGAAGAAAUGGGCAUUAAAGAAGAACGCAUACCCAAAAAAUCAUAUUGGUAUUAAAGAGUUACAUAAAAAAUAAAAUUGUUUGCUGAAUGCCAUUAUCGUCUAAGUUUCUUGCGGGCGAUAGGUGGAUAUAAAGUUUCACUAUAUUCUAUUUCUUUUUAUGUUCGUGUUUGUGUAGAAAAACGCAGAAUACAAAGUAAUUUUCUUAAGAUACAUAAGAGCACGAGCGCGACAUAUUUGGCGUACUUUACUUUUUAUUCUCUUUCUUGCUAUAUUGAUUUUUGCGGCCAACUUUGUAUUAAUGUUACUGCCAAAGCAAAAAUUUUGAAAGGGUUAUCGCAAAAAU